UGGUGGUGAGGAACGAACUAACAGCGGGAGCUCGCUGCGUGAUUCCCGUCGUUCAGCCUCUGCCGACUGGAGGGAUGUGACCCCGGAACAGGACGCCCUCCUAAAACAACACACCAUUCAAAUAGGAUACCGAAGAAAGAAAAGCUGGACCAGGAGGGAGCUACAGGAGCAGGGGUCAUGAACCGGGAGGAGAUCCCGGGGAAGUCUCCUGAAGAGAUGUACAUCCAACAGAAAGUGCGGGUUCUGCUCAUGCUCAAGAAGAUGGGAUCCAAUCUCACGCCCAGUGAAGAGGCGUUCCUCCGGAACUAUGCAGGCGUGGUCCACAGCCAGAUGAGCCAACUACCUCAGCACAACAUCGAUCAGGGUGCAGAGGACGUGGUGAUGGCGUUCUCCCGCUCGGAGGCGGAAGACCGGCGGCAGUGACCCUGGGCUCCAACCCCUCGACUCCACCACCUCCUCCACCACCACCUCCUCCACCACCACCACCCUGCUCAGACUCAGGAGAGGGAAGAGGCAUGGUGGGAGACGACGACUCCCCCUCCCCCUCCCCCAUUAGGUGGUUGCUCCUCUUCCCCAAAGCCUCUUCCUUCACCCUGCUCCUCCUCUUUACAUGGGCCGCGGGGUGUGUUAGCCUGUUAGCGUGCUAGCCCGCGGAGUGCGUUAGCCUGUUAGCAUGCUAGCCCGCGGAGUGUGUUAGCCUGUUAGCAUGCUAGCUCGCGGGGUGCGUUAGCAUGCUAGCCCGCGGUGUUCGUUAGCCUGUUAGCGUGCUAGCCAGCGGGGUGCGUUAGCCUGUUAGCGUGCUAGUCUGCGUUAGCCUGUUAGCGUGCUAGCCCGCGGGGUGCGUUAGCUUGUUAGCGUGCUAGCCUGCGUUAGCGUGCUAGCCCGCUCCGCUAGCUGGGUUUAUAGGGGGCGUGGUGGUGGAUCCAAACAUGUCAUUGGAGCGAAUGAAUAUGAAAACGUUUUAGAAGUUGUUGCUUUUUUUGCCUUUUUAUUUCAUUAAUAUAUAUAUUGCAUUUUUUGGUCGUGCUGAUCAUAUUUUUAAUUCUGUGACCUGUGCUCUGGUCAUCGGAGGAGUCGGCCAUUCAUCGUUUACCUCUGUCACCAUUGACGACCGUACAGGACGUUGUUUAUUGAGGUUCUGUCCCCUUUGAGUGUGGACUGGUCGUAUGACUGCUCUCUCUGUACCCAUCAGACCGGCGCUCCUUCUGCUGUUUCAGUUUUACUUUUGGUUUCCAUCCGCCCGUUGGUGCCUCCCGGGCUUUAUCUCAAAGGAAAGCAUCUACAUCAUAAGUAUUGAUUUAAAAAGAUAACACUAUCCUCCUUACUCCACCUAAAGGUUUACACACAGGUGUACACAUCCACCUGAGCAAACACAUUGUUGGAGUUCUUGUGAAAAGUUUUUGUUUUUUGUUUUUAUUGUACAGACUUUAGGGAAAAUACAGUAAGCAUUGAUUGUGCCAAGUGUACUUUAUGGUGUUCUGUUAGUACUCUGUAAGAUAAGGUUACAGCAGCCUGAGUGUCUGGCUGUAUUUCUAAUUUAUUACUUAUGUAAUCACUCCCCCAUUCCUGGACAGCAGCACGGACGAAACACAAGCAGACUAGUCUGAGUUUAGAGUUGAAUUUAGUCCCCUUUACAACAGUACCCCCACACUAAAACCUCCACCCUGAGGUCAGCAUCACUUCGGUUUAAAACGGUUAGUGCUUCCUGGUAUAUGCUCACAUCGACGUCCUUCACAUGACCUACCAGGGACAUCGUCCUACAUCGGCAGCAGGUUCUUUAAUACCCGGUGUGGUGCUGUCCCCAAAGUGGUGUGGUUCUAGUGUGUGUCUCUCUACUCGUGGGUGGCUCCUGGAGUUACACCAACAUGAAUCGGGAAACAGUUGGCUUAGCUGACUAGAGCCGCUAGCUAACCUAAGAGGAGCCUCUAGCGUCUCUGGCUGUGGUCUGCGUCCGCUGUGGAACCAGUAUAAUGACCAGUAUAUCUGACCAGUGUAUUCGAGGUGACGCAGAGCUGUUCUGGCGUUUUGUUUCACUGCAACAACUUUGUAAGGGAAAGAUACAGUAUUUUUAUGACGUGCUCCAUGCUAAUGUCCUCGCUCAAAUCAAAAACAUGUUUGCUUUGUAAUAAUCGAUCGUCUGGUUUCAGUGGUUUGCUUUGGAUUUAUGAAUGAUUUGUUUCUCCUACUGUCAUGCUCGAUAUUUAAAUGUGUUUUUUAAGUAUACUUUGUUAACAUGUAUAACUUAAAUAAUUGUAACUUAAUGUUUUGAAGCCAAGCAUGUCCGCCGUCUGGUUUUACGACCGAAGUCUUUUACGAAGCGGAUCGUAAACACGCGCCACAACGACCAUCGCUUGUACCUUCUCAACGUUAGCGGUCGCUGUUAGCUCUUUCUAAAACUUUUACGUAACAAACGAUCAUUUUGUAUGGAUAUGCGGUAUCCAUUUUUAACCCUUGGCAAUAACUUCAACUCCAACUUUUAAUAUUUGAAUGUCCUCUAAAUCAUUGCGAUGUCCCGCGUGACCAAUCCUCCGGUCAGGCUGCCCGCUCGCGACAAAGAAAUUUGUCUUUUUAUGUUUACCUCUGUUUUAGUAUUUUUUUUAUUUGCCUAUGCAUAUUACUUUUUUUUGUUAUUUUUCAAGUUAAAUGUGUCUUACUGUUCUAUCAGGGCUGUCCCCAGUCUCUCUUCGUAUGUGUGCGAGUGCGAUUGUGUGUGUGUGUGUGUGUGUGUGUGGGUGUGUGUGUGGGUGUGUGUGGGUGUGGGUGGCUGUGUGCGUGCUUAUAUCCUAGGUUUUCAGCAUGCUGGUUUUACUAGAAUCGUGUAUCUUUUUACUGUGAUGGCUUGAAAUGCCUAGAUGUUUCCAUGCAUUCUUCAAUAUUGCCUCUGGGCUUUCUUUAUUCUCUGUUGCCAUUCAUUUGUUGGUUCUGUAAGGCUGCUGAUGUUGUCUUGAGUUAAUGCUUCCAAAUCCUAUACCACCUGAACCAUUAAAACAUUUAAACAGUGA